CAAUUAAUAAACAAUUUCAUAUCGAACAUCUCCCAACAUCGAUCGAAAAUAAGGUAAAUCAUUUCCACAAAAAAGGGUUAACGGUCGAACGACGAGACCCAUGAGAAAAAGGCCGACAAACCGUCAAACGUCAAUGUCAAACUCAAACGCACCAGAAUGUAAACUUCUGGGCCUAUCUCGGUCGCACUAUACAGAAGGGGGAGCGAAACGGGCCGAAACGGCCCGAAAGACGAUAAGACUUCCGCCCAAAGGUUACACGCUCGCCGUCGAUAAGCAUAAGCAUAAACAUCUGAUGGAUCGUGGACUGGUGGAUGGGCUUCCACAUCAGGCCUCAUGUCUCUCGAUCUGUCUCUACCAUGGGAGGAAAAGCUCAAACUCGAAUCUUGGGGAUUGCCUGACUAUGUUUUGGCGAAAUAUGUAAAGAAAGGCGUAAGAUGCAUGUUUCCUUGGCAGGUGGAAUGCCUGAUCUCUGGGAACGUGCUCACUGGAGGAAAUUUGAUUUACUCAGCUCCAACAUCCGCAGGGAAAACAUUGGUUGCUGAGAUAUUGACCCUCCAAACUGUAUUAGAAAGAAAGAAAAAAGUCAUAAUCAUCCUUCCGUUUGUUUCUGUAGUUCGAGAAAAAAUGCUAUAUUUUAAGGAAUUACUCGCUGGCAGUGGAAUACGAGUGGAUGGUUUUAUGGGUUCUUAUUGUCCUCCAGGUGGCUUUAGGGCAGUUCAUGUUGCAAUAUGCACAAUUGAAAAAGCUAAUAGUCUUAUAAACAGAUUGUUAGAAGAACGGAGUUUUGAAAAUGUUGGAUGUGUUGUAGUUGAUGAACUUCACUUACUCGGAGAUCCUCACAGGGGUUACUUGCUUGAACUGCUUCUCACAAAAAUUAGAUAUAUUUGUAAAAUAGGAUUGACUGAAAUGAUACAAAUAGUUGGAAUGUCUGCCACACUUCCUAAUUUAGAUUUACUUGCUUCGUGGCUUGAUGCAACACUUUAUACAACGGAAUUCAGGCCAAUUCCACUUUAUGAAUAUAUUAAGGUUAAUAAAAAAAUUUACAAAAGCCCAGGAAACUAUCUUUCCCAUGAGAUCACACCUGAAUUUACAAUAAAUAAAGAUUCAGGAGAUGUGAUAUACCUCUGUAUAGACACAAUUUUAAAGGGAUAUUCCGUGCUAGUCUUCUGCCCAACCAAAAACUGGUGUGAAACAUUAGCUCAGCAGAUUUCAGUCGAAAUAAAAAAACUGGGUUGUUCUCAAGACAAUAUAGGCUUAUCUUUGAGAGAACAACUCAAUUCAAAUAAAAUUAGUAUAGUAUUGGAACAAUUGAAAAAAUGCCCUGCUGGUUUGGAAAAGUCAUUAGGAAGGAGUGUUUCUUUUGGAGUCGGUUUUCAUCACGCUGGGUUGACAAUGGACGAACGAGACAUUAUAGAAGGUGCGUUUAGAAAGAACGUAAUAAGAGUUAUAGUCGCGACUUCUACUCUAUCAGCCGGAGUCAAUCUGCCCGCAAGAAGAGUAAUAGUUAGGACACCUCUGUUUAACGGAAGACCUAUGGAUAUUCUCACGUACAGACAGAUGAUUGGUAGAGCUGGGAGAAUGGGGAAAGACACUGAAGGUGAGAGCUAUUUGAUUUGCUCUGAAGAAGACAAGUAUGCAGGGCUGCAAAUUGUCAAUUCAAACCUGCCAGCAGUUGAGAGUUGCCUUGGCCAAGGCGAUUUGUCAAAUAGUCUUAAAAGAGCUAUAUUAGAAAUUAUCGCCAGCGGUAUUGUCACCACCAAAGAUCAAAUUAGAAGUUACGCAAGUUGUACUCUUCUGGCACAAUCAUUUGGGAUUGAAAGACUUGACGAUGUUGUCACUUUAUGCUUGGAUUCCUUGCAAGACCAAGGAUUUUUAGCAAAAAGUUGCAAUUCCGAAGACAUAUCUGCGUCCAGUUUGGCGGAGGCUUGUUUCGCCGCGUCUAUACCACCAGAUCAGGGCAUUGUCCUGACAAAUGAACUUGCAAGGGCCAGGAAAUGUUUCGUUCUUGAAACUGAUUUACACGCUUUAUAUCAGGUAAUUCCUUUCUCAGUGUGUGAUCACUGGGAAAUCGAUUGGGUAAAGGCAUUUACAAUUUGGGAAUCGUUGCACGAGAGUGUUAAAAAAAUUGGAUAUCUUAUUGGUGUAGAGGAACGGUUUCUUAUUAAGGCUAUGAGAUCAUCGAUUAACGUCAGGGAUAAUGCUAAACGGAUAUCAGUUCUAAAACGGUUUUAUACAGCACUCGCACUUCAAGAUCUUGUUAACGAACAUCCUUUACAUGCAGUUGCAGAAAAAUAUGGGUGUAACAAAGGGAUGCUUCAGUCUUUACAGCAAUCGGCGUCUACAUUUGCUGGCAUGGUGACAAACUUUUGCCACAAAUUAAGUUGGGGUGCGUUGGAAGUCGUGGUGGCUGAACUUGGAAGAAGAAUACAAUUUGGCGUCCAAAGGGACCUUUUGGACUUGAUGCGGCUUGAUUGCAUGACUGCAGUCUUGGCAAGAGGAUUGUUUAACUCCGGAAUAAAAACUCUUUCAGAACUCGCAUGUUCCAACCUUCAGGCAAUACAAAAUGCUAUACGCAAAGCCAUGCCGUACCAAAAUGAAGCAGUUGAUCUUAAGGAUAGUAAAGAUAUAUGUUUGCCAGGCAGACCUGGGCUUUCAGAUCUAGAAGCUGCUGAUAUUUUUAUACACGAGGCUCGAGCUUUUCUUUCGAGGGAAUUGGGUGUUGUGAAUAUAGAAUGGAAUGCAAGUGUUAGCUCGUCAUUUUACGAAAGUUCCACAUUGCACAAUUCUUGGUCUAGUGUAUCUAGCAGAUCUAGGCAUUCCUUCAGAAGAAAAAGGACAUCGAAACGAAAAUCAAGUGUUUUAAGUAGAGCGAAGAAUAAACCAUCACCCAUUGUACAGGCCAAAAAAGAAAAUGAAACAUUUAAAGAAACAGUUCAGCUUUCCGAAGAAAUAAAAAAAUCUGAUAGUGUUCAACAAAAUCCAAACGAAAUUACCAAAGAUGGAAGUGAAUCUUUUAAUGGAACUAGCAAACUGAGCAAAGCCCAAAUUUCUAAAGAAAAUGAUGAUUUCGAUUGUUUUUCUGAUAUGGAAAUAUUAGAGGAAAUCAAGUUUCUAGAGAAAUGUGAAAAACCAAAAGAAAUUGUAAUAAAUCAAGACAAAAUUAAUUCUCAAAAGUUACCUAACAUCAAUCCGUCCUUAACAAAAAAUUAUGAAAAUGACAUUAUUGUACCAGGUACCCAAGAGCUUGAAAUUGAACAGAAAAACUCAGAAUUGUUUGAUAUUGAUUUCAUAAAACCAAAAACAGAUAAAAAUGAUUUGAAAUUUUCGAAUUGUACUUCGGUUUUUAACGAACCUUUCAGUCUUGACAGCCUGACAGAGAAUACAUGUAAUCAAGAAGAAAGUAUAAAACAAAGUAUUAAGAACUCUGUGUUUCUAGAAAAUAAAAUCGCACAUAAAAUUAAAAGUAGUACGCCUAAAACAACACCUAAAAAUAUAUCAUUCAAGGAGAAAAGAAAAUGGUCACUGGGCUCAAAUACGUCAUGCCAUAGCAAUUCUGAUAUAUUCAACGAAUCUCCAGUCGACGUAAAAGUUGAAAAUAUCAAAUUACGAGACUUUGACGAUUUUGAUCCAAAUUUAGGUGGCGAUAGCAUUUUUGAGCGUUCCAUUCACGAGGAAAUUUCCUAUAUUCCAAAAAGGAGAUUGAGCGAUUCUUUAGUAGAAAAUUCACCAGUAGAGCGUAAAAAGCCUUGUUUAAUAAAUUCUCCAGACGCUAAGAAUAAACAAAAACCCGACAUGUCUGAGUAUUUUCAGGAUAAUAUCAGUAUUGACUCCAAAUUAGAAAAUAUUCUCAAUUCUGGAGAGACCUUAGAGAAAAAUAACAAGAACACCGUUUCAAAUACAUUCUUGGCAGACGCUUUUGAGGAUUCUUUUAAUGGCAUGGCAGAAUGUCUAUCGGAAACACUCGACACUAUCAAUCCUGUUCCAUCAAAUAGCAACAGAUUAUCCUUCAGGCCUGCUGCUCACGAAAAUUUGUUAAAAGUUAAAAAAAUGGCAUCGAGUAAAAUAAUAACCCCACAAAAAAGAAAAAGGCAUGACAGUUUCUGUUCUCUCGAUUCUCCUUCAUUUGAUGUGUCAAUGAAAUCAAGAAAAACACUGAAAACCACACCGAAGAAGGAGAGAAUAUGCAAGACGUCAAGUCCAAGCAGCCCAGUUGAAUGUGAUAAAAUUGCAGAACAUAAUAAUAAAGCUUAUGAAUGCUCCAAACUCCAUGGGCCUGUGGGAAUCGAUAAAACAAAAAGCAUGACGAACACUUUUUUAGCCAACGCUUUUGAAGAAUCUUUCAGUAGAAUUGAGGCUGUAAAUUCUGAACCAGAGGACAACGUUUUUACCACAAACAAGGAUGAUAGCUUGCCAUAUAUGCCCGAGACGGCUGAAAAACGUUUAUUGAAUGUCGAUCAAACUCGCACAACUCCUAAAAAAAGGAAAAGGUACAACAGCGGUAAAUCGCCAGCGAAGUACCCAUCGCUUGGAACUUCAGUAGUGAAGCUAUCGAAAACACCGAAUACAACUCCGACAAAAGAGAAAGAUAACAGAGUAUUAAAUGAAUCACUGAAUCCCUCAGUUAAUCCUGCCAAAAAUGAAAAUAAACUUGAUAAAAUUGUUUACUGUAAACACAAAAUUGAUCUGGACAGUGUAAUGGAAACUCCUGAAAUAAUGUUAAAUGCUAAUAGAAAAAAUUCCAUUGACAUUUUUGAUGAGGAGCAUUCAGCACCAGAUGAACCAAUUGAAAUAAUUUUAUCUAAUAAUAGAGCGCCGUUCAUGCCUGCAACAGCAGAGAAACGUUUGUUGAGCAUUGACAGUGUUUCAAAUGAUACAACACCGAAAAAAUGGAAAAGGCAUAACAGUGGUAAAUCACCAGCUAAGUACCCAGCACUAGGCAUUUCUGUAGUGAAGUCCUCAAAAACACCUAACACCACACCAACAAAGGUGUUGAAUGCAUUACAACAUCCGUCUGACAGCCAAGACAACAAUGAACUAAAAGGGAAUAAAAUUGAUCAUAUUAUCGAUAAACUUGAUCUGGAAGGAAAGCACGGGAAUCAUGAGGCUAGGUGCACUUUAUCCAGAGAUAAAAAUCAUUUUUCAAAUUCUUCAAUAGCGGAUGUUUUUGAAGAGUAUAAUAAUAUCGAGGAGGUGCAUUUUGAUGAUAAGAUUGAUGCAAAUCCCAUUCAGUCAAACAAUAACAGAACGCCUUCUGACUGUGUAAUAAAUACAAUUGGAUGUUUAAAAGAUGUUCAAAUUUCUCCAGUGAAAAAUAAAAGUAUAAAGUUGGAAAAACAGAACGUAAAUAAUAAAUACAACGUUGAAAAAGAAUACAUGGACAUUGAAGUGUGUAAAGAUGAAAAACUGCUCUCCAAAUUUUGCUCUUUAUUUGUAAAAAUCGACGAAGCGGCUUUUUAUAUUCAAACUUCAUCUAACACUGUAAUUGAAAAACGAAUUGGGGUGAAACUUUUAAAGAAAAACCAAUUAGACAAAAAACCUGAAAUGUCAUACAAAGGACACGCACUGAUCAGUGUCCAUCUGUACUGGGAUAAAACCAAUUAUAUUUUUGAUCUCACAAGAGCAGAUUGCCCUUGCCUAAAAAUCCUUGGUCGAGUGCUUCAAAUGAGAGACAAAACUCUCGUUACUUUCAAUAUAAAAGAGGAUCUAAAGUUACUGUACAACUGUACGAAAAUUCUAGUCAGAACAAAAAUCAAAGAUCUCUUUAUUGCUGAUUGGUUAAUAAACCCGAGUGAUGAUAGUCGGUCGUUUAAACAGGUGGCCAGUGAUUAUUUAACUUCCAAUAAAGACUUCUCAGGCCGAAUGUCACAUAUCAAACAAAUUUGGGCUCUAAAAAAUAUAAUAAGUUUGAAAUUAAAAGAAAAUCAGCUACAUCAUAUAUUUGAUGAAAUUGAAGUUCCAUUGUUAUCAUUAAUUCUGAAUAUGGAACUUGUUGGGAUAAAGUUCAAUAGGGAAACAUCAACAGCUUUAUGGAAGAGAGUUGAGAUCGCAAUGAAAAAUUUGGAAGAAGAGAUUUAUAAACUGGCCGGCCAUCAGUUUAAUAUUACAUCAAGAAAAGAUAUCAAUUUGAUGAAAAAUUUGUUAAAAAUCACCCCUGAAAAUGAAGCAGAAAGUGAAUUUAUGAAGGCGAUUCAUAAUUGGAGAAAACUUUCCUCUCUCAAAGCUAGAAAUUUGAGCCAGCUUUUAACAUGUCUUGAACGAGAUGAAAGGUGUAGGGGAAUUUCCAAUAUGUGCACAUCAACAGGGCGCAUUGUAAUGCAUGACCCAAAUUUGCAACAUGUAGCUAGGGAUUUCACUAUAAAUGGAGAAUUCUUUAGUGCCCGGUCUGCUUUUAUUCCCAACAAAGGCAAUCUAUUCCUGUCGGCUGAUUACAGCCAAUUGGAGCUGAGGAUUCUUGCACAUUUUUCACAAGACAAAGUUCUUUUGAAUUUGAUUAAUUCUGAUGCAGAUAUUUUUAUAAGCAUAGCCGCAAAUUGGAACAACAUCAAUCCUAGUCUAGUCACUGAUGAACUAAGGCAGCAAACGAAACAAAUUAUUUACGGUAUAAUUUAUGGAAUGGGAGACAGGACCUUAGGCGAUCAUUUGGGAGAAACUGCUGCUAAUGCAGGCAUGAUGGCAGCCAAGUUCAGAAGAUCGUAUCCUGGGGUCCAAGCAUUUCUAAAGAAAUGCAUUAAAGACUGUUCGAGGAAUGGGUUUAUUACAACAAUUACAGGGAGGAAGAGGUUGCUUCCUGCCAUCAAUAGCAGUAACAGCACUAAGAAAAGCCAGGCAGAGAGGCAAGCGAUCAAUUCAACAAUCCAAGGAUCAGCAGCUGAUAUUGUAAAAAAGGCAAUGAUUAGAAUUGAAACGAGGCUGAAUGAAAUAUUGCCUGAAAGAGACAACUUUACAACAAAUGGCCCUUCAUCGCAUCUUGUUCUUCAUAUCCACGAUGAACUUCUCUAUGAGGUCUCAGAAGAACAUUUGGAGUUGGUUAAACAAGUUGUGAAAUGGGAAAUGGAGAACUCAACCCAACUUUCUGUAAGGCUUCCUGUUGUACUUAAAGUAGGGCCAUCCUGGGGUGGAUUGCAAAAAAUAAGACUGAUAAUUUAAGUAAUUUACUGAGUAAACAGUAUGUACAGAGCAUAUAAUUCUAUUAGUGAAAUAAAUUUUUUUAAAGUAC